UAAGUCAGAAUUUAUUCACGUACGGAUGUCGACAGAGAAAGUGAAUUGGAAGUUUACGAUUUUCGAGUUUAUUAAGUUUAAACAGUGAAAUGAGUAUUUCUGUGUUGUGAGAAAUGCUCUUAUUUUCGUCUAAAGAUUUUAGUGUGUUUUGUUGAAUUAGUGUACAGGAUGCCGAGGGGAGAGAACAGGCCGAGCAUCCUGUUAUCUCGGGAAGAGAAUGACCAGGUGUUCAGUUUGAUUGGACCAAAAUGCCAGAGUCUGGCGACAGCAGUGGUCCAGCUGUUUACAACAGAAGAUCCUUCCCAUUCAAAAUGGAAGAAAAAGGAUACAGGCGUGCUAUGCCUGAUCAAAGACAAUGGGAAGAGGUCAUACUUCUUCAGGAUAUACUGCCUCUACCGCAAAGCAAUGAUUUGGGAGCAAGAGGUCUACCUUCAGAUCGAGUACAAGAACCCGCGACCGUUUUUACACACAUUCGAGGCAGAGGAAUAUAUGGCCGCGUUCAACUUUGCAAAUGAGAAUGAAGCGAACAUCCUUAGAAAUAUACUCCUUGAGAAAAUUGAACUGAGGAAGAUCAGACGAGAAGAACGUCGGCAACGGUCGAUGGUGUCGGCCCGCAGCAGUGGCGCCAGUUCGGUGCCGGCGCGGCAAAACGGCACGCUGCCGCCGCCGCCGCCGGAGCCCGAGCCCGCGCCCGCGCCCCCCGCCGCGCCCGCGCCCUACGUGCAGCCAGUGCAGCAGGUGCAGCCAGUACCCGCCAAGACUAAUCACAGCUUAGGAAGCUACACUUUGAAAAGUAAUAAGAAACAGAAGGGGCGGAAACUGACGAAGGCUGAUAUCGGCGUGCCGCAGAACUUCAAACACAUAUCGCACGUCGGCUGGGAUGCUAAUAAAGGGUUUGACCUGGACAAUGCGCCGAAUGCCGACGAAUUACGUUCGUUCUUCACGAAGGCCGGAGUGUCAGAGACACAGCUACAAGACCAAGAGACCAGAGAGUUUAUAUACGACUUCAUCGAAAUGAAUGGAGGACUCACAGCCGUCAAACAAGACCUCGAUAAUGUUAAGAGUGUGCGAGGCGCGGUGCCCCCAGCGCCGAGUAUGUCUGCGCCCCCGCCCCCCGCGCCUGCGCACCCCGCGCCCGCGCCCGCGCCCCCGGCGCCGCCCGUGCCCACGCGCAGCCCCGCCCCGCCACACCCGCCCGCGCCACCAUCCCGCGCGCCCCCGCCGCCCCCGACUCGCGUGAUCCCGCCCCCGCUGGCUACCCGCACUGCGCCCCCACGCCCUGCGCAACCGGUGAUAUCGUCGGGCCCGCCAUCGGUUCCGCCGCCGCCGCCCCCCGGGUCGGCGCCCCCUCCGCCGCCCCCGCCGAUGUCGGCGGCGCCCCCCGGUCCGCCCCCGCCUCCCCCUCCGCCGGCGCCCCCGAUGGCGCCCGCCAUGCCGGCGGAGAGCGCAGCGCCCAGCCCCGCUGCCGCAGACCCAAGAGCAGCGCUUAUGGAGAGCAUACGAAGCGGAACCAAGACUCUCAAGCGUGUCGAGCCCGCGGCUAAGCCGAUUGUUGUGGACGACAGCAGAAGUAAUCUACUCAGCGAGAUCCGACAGGGCGUGGAACUGAAAUCCGUGUCCCGGUCGGGCAGUACGAGCGGCAGCGAGCGUCGCGGGGCGCGGCCGGCCUGCGGGCUGGCCGAGGCGCUGCAGCGCGCGCUGGAGGAGCGCUCGCGCGCCAUACACUCCUCCGACUCCGAGGUCUCCGACGCCACCACCAGCGACGGCGAGUGGGACGACUGAACCGACACUACUUCCUCACACCACACACCUCAUAAUCUGUUCUUAACAACAAACUCUUGAAGGCUAGUACUUUUCUUGCGUUGCUCGUCCGACUGCUGAAAGGUAAACUCCAGAGAUAUUCAUCUUACUUCUUACUCAUAUUAUAAAUGCGAAAGUUACGAUGUCUGGAUGUUUGUUACUCCAUCACGCCAAAACGGCUUGACAGAUCUGGAUGAAAUUUGAUACAGGCAUAGGAUACAUUCCGGAUUAGGACAAAGGCUACUUAUUAUCAACAUAACACGCGGGCGACGCCGCGGGCGUAAGCUAGUAUAUCAAUAAUCUGUUCCUUGAUAAUAUCAAUAGAGUCUGCUCUAUUACACCGAUCGUGUAUCUGACAGAACCUUCUAGAAAGCCACCUCAAUUGGUAUUCAGUUUCCUUCGAAUAAGUCUUUAAAUAAAUCAAGCCCAAAAUUUACUGCCAAAGGAAAUUCGUCAUGUUUGGAUAGAUAUAAUAUUUCACAUUUGAAAUACACAAAUUAUGGUAAUAUUUAGAAAGAAAGAAAAAUAGCAAGUUCUUUUUUAUUUUCACUCACUAAGACCACGUCACACACGUUUAAUUUAUAAGUAUCUGUCUAUUUGCUAUACGCAGUAAAUAAUAAAGUGUUGACUAUAAUGAUUGUGCUAUUCCUUUACAUACUUCGUCCUCUAAUUAUUCAUAGUAUUAAAAUCAUUUUAGAAAUCCCUCCAAUAAAACGGGUGCCUCAUUUAUGAAAAAGGUGUAUGGCUGAUGUAAACAAUAUUAGACUGUAUUGUAAUAACUGUGAGACAUUUUAAAUUUAUGAUAUGUUACAUUUUACUCAAACAAAAUUGUUUGACGAGGGAACUCGAUUACUUUCAAGCCAUGAUAGGGACUCAUAUCCAUGUACAUCAUUGCGUGAGAUACUCUAUAGUUGGGGCCUUGGAACGUAAAUAUAAAUGUGUACAAUCAACGACGACUUUAUCACGCUACUAUUCAAAGAUUUCUUCUUUAUUCAUUACCAUCUCUAUUAAAUAUGUGUGUAUCACCAAGCACAUACUUGCUAUAAAUAGUGUGCUUUCAUUGAUUGUACAUUCGAUUACUCAGUGAGUAACUCAAGGACAAACAGUAUACAAAUGUGCUUUAUAAUUUUAAACUAGUCAAGGAAUGUUUUAAAAUUAACUUCAUUUGCAACCCUAGAUUUCGCACUAUUACAUUAAACACUAAAUUACGAUAGAAUAGAUUUUCAGCUAACAAACAUUAUGAAUAAGGUUUAUUUUUUAAUCAAUAAAACUUUGUAACCACGUCACAUUGAAUUGCAACAAAAAAUAACAUAACAAUCUCAUUGAAGCAAUAGUAUUGUUACAAUAUGUAUUAACGAUAACUUAGCAUACUUAAAGCAGUUGUUGGUAUGUAUAUUUUUAUUUAUUAUUUUUAGUAAUAAAAGCAUUAUUUUUAAAAGAACGACAGGAAUGUUCGUUGUUAGCCUAUUGAGCAAGCAAUACACGAUGGUUGGAAGUGUCUUAUGCGGCAUAAUAUCUAUAUCAGAGUAAAUUAAGUGAUUUUUCUUCUUUGUCUUGUUAUUAUCUUCUUAAAAUAAAUUUCGAUAUUUUUCUUAUAAAAAUGUGUGCCAGAGUAGCUAGAUGACUGAGCUAAUGCUGAUAAAAAUUUGUCAGUUUACCUCGGCCCUAGUUGUAUGAAUUUACUUCAGUUGAAAUGUGAUAUUGGAAUAAUUGUGCUCAGCAAUAUUUUUCUCUUUUUAUCGAGUCAAGCAUUUAUGUAUAGGUGUUUUAAAUGCAUUGGAGGUAAAAUUUCUUAAUUUGGGGCGGCCAUGGUUUGAAUUACUUUAGAGAAAGAAUGCUUCCAAAGCUGCGUUGUAAUUAAGGUCGAGCAAUAUGACUUUCAGAUGGUGAGUAAAUUAUGCUCACUGUCACCUUUCCUCAAAUUGAGAAAGCCUUACAAUGCCUAUCUUUAUUAGUGUCUUGUGAAUAUCUUUUAUUUAAAGUGAUUAAUUACUUUUUAAUAAUACAAUUUAUUAAUAUUUUUAUUAAGUAAUAUUUGAAAUGUUAUGUUUGUGAAGCCGUAGAAAGAAUACGUUUGUAUAUUGCUUUAAAUGUUCUGUGUAAAAUAUAAACACGUAUCAACAAAGUAAAUAAAGCAUAUGUCGCCUUAUUACAUUAACAAUUUUACAAUCAAAGGCUGACGUACUCUUUCGACGAGAUCACCUAUAUAUUUUAUAUAUAAUAUUGAUGUAAAAUGUGUAUAUAAUUGUUGUAGGUAAAUUCUAAUUGACUAAAUGCUGAUUAUGACUGAAAGGAAAUCAACCGUGAUUCUAAAUUAUCAAUUUUUGAAGUGUGUGCUAAUGGCUGAUUCUACUUAUGUCUAUUUCUUUGUAAAGUUCAAUAUGUCCUGGCGACAUGCAACAAUAUCUAAGCACAUACUUCAUUGUAGUUAGGUAAUAGAAAAUAAUAUGACGUUAAAUCGCAAGUUUGAAUAGCAUCCAUUGUACUAUUGAAUGCUUUUAACUGCUCACGCGGAAUCAUCAAUUUUAUUUAUCGCGUAAAAAUUUGAUACUUACAAUAUGAAUUCUAAAAACUAUCCACCUAUGUCAUUUCGUGUUUAUUUUAUUUGAUAAGUUUACUAAGUGAAAUAAUUAUUUUUUAAAUAUGGUGUAUAAAAAAAGAGUAAAGUUUAUUUUCUUGCAAGUCGUACUUGUAACAUUUAAUUUUUUAUGAGUAGAUAAUUGCUUAGAUUAUAAGUUAGACAGACUCAGAUGACUUAUGAAAGUAAUUCAUUCAGUUCAGUUUUUAAGAAGUUUGUUUCAGUUUCAUUAUGUUUUUUCUACAGCUACUAGAAAUAUGUACUCGUUUGAAUCAUCAUAAUCAAGAUCAUAAUAUGACUUCCCUACCAUAUAUCUCUGAAUAUUGCUCCCGAAUCCAAAACUGUACUAGAAAUUGUAUUGAAUGGAGUUAGAACUAGCAUAAGGGGUAUGACUAUGUGUAUAUCUUAAUAAAAAUAACGAUAGAUAUUUUUAUAACUAUCAAACGUUUACGAUGUAUGUAAUGUACCUGUAACACUGGAAACUUGUGGAUGGCUGGUUAGCUGAGGUAAUCCGAAAAGUAUCAAACAGUCCGGUCUAUUGCGGACUGCGGACGCCGAACGAAAUGUAUGUAGCUACCGUACGUAGCUUGAUUGCUAAUAAGUUAUUAUCUUGUAAUCAUGUACCACAGAACUAAUUACUAAUGUUCUACUAACUAAUGUCAGUUAGCUUUGUUAAUCAGCUGUUCAUAUAUGAGUAUGUUGACUAAAUAAACAUUAUUAAAAUUUCAAAUGAUCAUUUUAUUUCGUCCAUCAUUACAAUCCACGUUUGACAAAGAAAAAUAAUGCAGGCAAUAAAAAAAAAGUUUUAAAAUAUAACCAGAAAUAAAAGUAACCUCUUUAUAACAUACGUAAUUGGAAUAAACAUUUUAAUCUUAUAUUUAAACGAUCAUAGAUGCUGACUGAACUUAGCUAUACUUAUAUAUACUAGUUACCAUCUAAUGUAUAUGACACAGCCAUCCUGCUUAGUUAGCCAUUCAACCAGCGUGAAUCCUAUCAAUGGGUCGUUUGAUUCAAUAGCAGAGUUGUUUGUUGAUAGGUGAAGGAAAUGUCACGACAAGCAAAUUGUUACCAAAAGGGUAGACUUAUGUUAAACUGCGACCCGCACAAAAAUUAAAUUGCCGUCAGAUAUAAACAGGUACCAAAAUCGUAGUGUGAUAUAUUUCAUUAAACAAGUUAGGCCGUCAAUUGAAUGGCUCAUUAAGCUAGUCAACUGUCACAUAUACGAUACAUCCACUCCUUUGGCUAAUUUGAAAACUUUGAAAAAUACGCUAUUUCUUACUAGCAUUGUAUUUCAAUAAAAAAGUGAUAUAACAAAACAAAUUUCAGUGAACAUUAUUGCAUUUUUCCUAUCUCUGCUAAUAUUCUAACAUACAGAGCUAAACUCGUAGCUGCUAAAUGUAUUUGGGCAAGUUACAUAAUCACUGAACUAUCUGUCAUGAUUUCCUACAUCACUCUUUGUGUACAUGUAAUAAGUUAUAGUAUCCUGGUAAUCCUACACACACUUGAAACAUAUGUACAGAUUACUUAAUUAUAACUUAGAAAACAAUAUGCUCUAUUUACAAAUUUGUCAAUUGAUUUUGAACCCUAUUCCAUAAGACAAAUCCUUUGAAAGCAAAAAUAUAUUUGCGAUACAAUUUCAUGGAUGCAAUAGAAUUCAAAAUUGCUUGGCUUAACUGUGAAUAAAGAGUUUGUUAAUGUUAGUUAAAAUUGAGUGUAAAGUACAUUAUAUAAGAACUAUACUAAUAGACCCGAAUACUAAUGAGACUCAAGGAAAUCUACUCUAGUGUGCGCGGUAGAUACAUAUUGAUAUAGAUAUAGGUGAUAUAUACCUAUAUUGGACACAUAUAUUUGACAAAAUUACAAAUAACAACAAACAUAUUGCUUUGAAGAAAAUAACAUCUUUGAUGGCACGAAAAAGUAAUAAAUUUAAUAUAUUAUAUUUACGACUUUAUGGAUUAAUCCAAUUCAGUGAAAUCACAAUUUGUAAAUUAAUGACAUAUGGUUCAGUAUGAACCAUAUAGAGUAGUAGAAAUUUCACAUAGAUACAAUUUUGCUCAGCCACCACAGAGAAUUUUUAUAAUAAUAAGAUAUAGAAUGAAACUUUUUGAUAAUACUUUGACCCUCUCUUGGACCUUAUCCACGAAGGUAGAAUGUACGACUGCUAGGUACUACAAAGCUUUUCCUUAUCAUUCCAAGGACGAUUUCAAGUUCAGAAAUUGCAGUGAGUGUCAUUGCUGCGAUCCUGCUGAGCUAAGAUAACUUUCUUAAGUACCUACCUAAAGUCGGUCGGACCCUUACAAAAUUACAAUAUCAUGUAAAUUGAGAGCGACCUUGGAAUGCUCACAAAUCUACUUAACAUUAUUCACAAGAAUUUUCACAAAAAAUAACAUUCAAAUCGACCUAAAGACGAUAGUUUAGAUACAAUUUACUGACUCAAAUGUAUACCUCACUAAUUUUCUCAUACACGUCACAUUUAACAUAAUUGUUUUUCUUAUGAUAACGUUGCCCCACACUAGUAUUUCCCCUGUGUCGUUAGUGCGGUGACAAACAUUCAAUAUUACACACACAUCACACCCAGACCCGGAACAAAAAUUUGUGGAUCACAAAGACUUGUUCUGUGCGGAACCUGCGACACGUUGCGCGGCAGCCAGUUGCCCGGCCACCGCGCCAACCGUGCAGUCUGUUGCAUGCAGUCUGCAGCUAUUACAGAGAGAUUUUAAAUUUCAGAGCAUGGCCUCUAUGAACUCAUGAACUCUAUGGCCGCAAAAUACACGCUACAUGUAGCUCAUCACCCACUUCUCAAUUUUUUCCCUUUCAAGCUUCCUAUGUUUUUGUAAACAUGAAGAAAACUUGUGAGCGAAUAAUAAACGUAAUAGAAAUCAUACAUCUUGCUUCAUUUUCAUAUCAACUAAAAUCACAAUUGAUCAUCACUCAACUAACAUAAUCUUCGCCACAGCCACUCAAAUCCUAAAGACCAGGUAUUUUUGGUUGCCCACGUGACAAAUCAGAUGAGCAGAUUAAUCCAAUAGUUACCACGCACACAGUUUGCGACAUUAUGGAAAGUAAGUAUCUAUACAGAUGCUAAAAAAUAAGACUGGACUGCUGGCAACGCAAACUAUUCAUUUACUUACGGCCAUUCACGUAAACAGUUUUAUAAAUAUCAUUAAUCCUAUGUACCAUUCACUCGUCAUUUAAUUCAGUCUAAACGAUAAUAUUAUACUAUUUAAGUAUUUAAUAAAUGCCUAUGGUUGCAACUCGCGCACAUCGUAAAUACAGCGAAUAUUUGCUAAUACAUUGUUGCGGCUCCUUGGUCUUGGAUCGAUAAUACUUUCCCUAAUAUUACCUAUUACAUUGGAAUAUAACUUCAAUCCUCGAUGGGGAUCUAGAGGUGGAAAUAUCUGUAGCAUAUCCACAUUCGUAAUUUUUAAUUGCCAAUUACUUUUUGUGUAUCAUACAAACACGUGCCUGGUUAAAACCAGUGUCCCUUGUCAUUGGUUCCCUCUAAUCAUCAUCAAGGAGAACAAUCACCGGAACGAGAGUGUCAUCGACACCUACUGCAUCAUCAUCAUCGGAAAGAUUGACUACAUUAGCAUUGGUGUCGUCCGCACUAUCGACGCUGUCCAUCCCGUCUGCCUCCUUGUUGUAAAGCGAUAGAACAUCCGAUAUUAUAGGCGACUGAAUCAUUGGGAUGUUUUUACUUUCUUGGCUUUCUUCUUCCUCUCCGAGUAACUGUAGAUUAACAUCAUCUUCUUCGUCGUCCGUAUGACCGUAAUACUUCUCAUCGUCUUUCUCGUCCUUAGGAACGUAUGUAUUUAUUAGCUGAGUCAAGUUGGCGUCACUUGUGAACACUUUAGAAGGGUCUAUAUCCUCUUUAUUGCAUUCGUGUGCAGAGAUAACCUUGUACGACGUAAAGUAUUUGAGACACCCUUGACAUUGGUUCAGCAGAUGAGCACGGUAGUGGUUGUGUAGGUUCGGGAAAUCUUCUCCACAAACCACACAUUUUUCUGGCUUCACUAUCGUUCUGUAGUGAAGCUUCUUCAGAGUCUUGUGAACUACUUUCAUAUGUUUCAUGAACGGUCCGUAUUUAACGAACUUCUCCCCGCAUUUUCGACACUUAAUCGGUUUCUUAUUAUAUUUUCUACUUCGAUGAGAGAAGGCGUGUAUAUUGAACGCAUCCAUGGUUUUAAACUUAAGUGGGCAGAACCUACAAGAUAUCGAGCCUGAACCCUUAUGUAUUUGGUUGUGCAACCGUUUAGUACUUUUCUUGGUAAUAGGUUUAAAGCAAAAUUUGCACUCUUCAUAUUGGAAUUUCUCUUUGUUUCCGACAUAUUCAGUGCCUUCGUCAUCACUUUCAAUGGCGCAAAGAUGAUUAUCGUAAUCCCCUCUUGAAUAGAAAUAUUCGUUGCACUUUUUGCACUUAUUUUCUUCAUGGUAACUUAAAUGUUUGUGGAGGUUGUAGAACCGCUUGUUACAGAUGUGACAGGUUUCCUCGAUCGAUUCCUUCGGCUCUAUUACCCAGUCUUUGUCGUCACCGUGGACUUCUUUCAUGUGGUUUAUCAUUUCCUUGAACGCGACGAAUGUCUCAUCGCAGUGUUCGCAUUUCGUCGGGUUGUCCACAUUAAGCUGAUAGAGGUGGUGAUUCUUAUGUUUCCGGUACAUCACCAUCGUGUUAAACUUCCUCGGACAGUAUAUACAGCCGUAGUAUCCAACAGUCCGAUGGUAUAUCUUAUGGGUGUUUAGAGCGUACUCAUUUUCAAAAACUCUAAAGCAAUAAUCACACACAAUCUCUUGUUUGCCGGCAGACAUUUCCCUCUUUACUACAAUGCCGUGUUGCGUGCGCAAGUGGCAGUCUAACUUCACUUGUAUAUGGAAUGCUUUGUAACAAAUGUGGCAUUUUACUUUCUUUGGGUAAACCUCAGUAUCGCCUAAAAGCUUUUUCUUUUCACAUGAGAACGCAAGAUGUCCCUCUAAGAAUCGGAGAGAGCUGAAGUAAUCAAAACAGUAGUUACAUCUUAACGAGUUGUGGUAGUCGAUGUGCCGCUCGUAGUUUCCUUUGCUAGCGAGGACUUUCAUGCAUAUGGAGCACUGGAGAUCUUUGAGCGGCCCUGUGAGAGGCUGUUCAGUGCGCUCUGCAAUCCAGUUCUCUAUAAUAUUGUGCACGUCACGCAAGUGGUGGUGGAGCCCGUAGCCCUUUACGAACGUCUCGUCGCAGUGUGGACACUUUAGCGGGUUUUCUAAAUGCUUCUGCGCUAAGUGACUCUUUAUGUGGAGGUGGUGAUUUCUAAGCGAUAUUGUUUUCUUGCCACAGAAUUUGCAUUUAAAGAAUUCGGGCUUCCUAAGGUGAGCUUCCUCGUGAGAUUGUAAUCGUCUCUCAUCUAAGAAAACUUUGGCGCACAAUUUACAAGAGUAAUAAAGUUGUGACGGAGCGUCGGGGUCAGGUUUGAUCAUUUUACUUUCUGGAUGCGUCCGCCUCAAGUGGCGUAUAAGUUUUAUCAAGUCUGGAUAAUACCGCGUACAUAUUGGACAUUUCACUUUGUCCUUUCUGAUUUUUUCUAUUCGUUUCUUGUGAGAUUGGUGAUCAAAGUUAUGCCCUUUAACGUGCUUUUGGAAGUAUCCUUCAUGCGUGUAGCCCUUUCCGCAGAUAGUACAUUUAAAUGGACCAUUGUCGUCUUCGUAGUGAGCUCGGAUGUGCAGGUCUAAUCUUCUUUUAUUUGUAAACUUCACCUUGCAGAUACUGCACUCGUGCCGAGCGCCAUAUAGGAACGUUUUGGAAGUAUGCCAAAUCAAGUGGUGUUUGAGAGAGUUCUCGGAGUCGCACACUUUACCACAGUGAUGGCAGGUAUGGGAACCGUCGAACACGUUUUUGUCGACGGUGCUGGGUAAGACGUCGCCUACUAUGGUAUUCUGGGCGCUGUCGCCUUUCUUGUAGUGUAUGGCCAUAUGAGAGAGGUAAACUUUCCUGAACUGGAAGACUCGCUCGCAGAUCGAACACUGGUAAUCCUUGUUCUGAAAGCGCAUCUGCUUGUGAUAGGUCAUGUGCGCUUGCGCGGCCCGCAGGUGUUUGCUGCGUCGCCCGCAGAUGUUGCACGUCAAAUGCUUUGGGUCUAGGUUUGUGUCGUGGUAGUGCUCUCGCAUGUGGAUCUUGUAGUGGCACUGGAACCUGAAAGACU